AUGCAGGAAUUGAUGGAGCUUAUGGGAGAGGAUGGUGAAGAUGAAGAGCUCAAUCGUCUUCUCGGGGAGAUCGAGCAGGAAGGAGAACUGGAAAGAGUUUUGGAGUACGAGGAGGAGCUUGAUGAGGAGGAUGCACGUAAUUUUGGUGUUGUGAAAGUCAGGACACUUGGGAAAGAACAGGAUAGCCUUCCUCCAGUUGUGAAUUUGUUUCCUGUAAGUGCCUUUUGAAUUGAUUAUCCAUCGCUUAGGGGGGCGAAGACAGAAGACGAGCCGUUCGAGGCAAUCGAGCGGUUACUUCGGUGGUUAAACCGUCCAGAAAAGUACCAUCAACGAUGUUAGUGCCUUUGGAAGAUCUUGGAGAAGGUGAUGAUUUGGUAUGUCGUUGAUUUUUGUCAAGUAUGACCUUUUUGAAUCGCUUUUUUAAGAAUUCAUGGUAUCUCCCUAUGAGUGCUCUCGUUCAUGUGUUUUCCUACUUAUCCCGAGAUGAUCUGGAUCGAUGUGAGAUGGUUAAUAAGACUUGGCGGUCGAUUGUUCAGCACCAUCCAUCCCGAAUGAGAAAAAGAAAAUUCAAUGUGCUGGAGUUAUCUACCAACAAAGAAUUCUCAAUAGCCUUCUACUAUAAGCAAUACAGACGGCGAGUAGUUGUCAAAAAAUAUUUCAAAACAUUGUAAGUCGUACAGGGUGGGCCACUCGAAACUCCCAACCUCUUCUCAGGUAUUUCUCCGCCAAUAAUGCACCAAUUUCUAUAAAAUUUAUAUCAAAUUGAAGCUGAGACACCCCAUUUCUUGUCCACCAAAUAUGGCUCGUCUAGCUUCACGGAGGCACCCGCACUGACCUUUUAUAUUUUCAUUCCAAAUUUUGGAGCCCGAAAUCGGUGAAACUUAGAAAAUUUUUGGAAUGAUUUUCAAUUGAGUUUCUCGGACUUACAAGGGAUCGGCAAAUAGUUGCAUCCUGCUUUCUUGCUGCAAACCUUUUUGCAUUUCGUCUCUUAUAUGCCACAAAACCAUGGUAUGUUGAUAUUUUUAAAUAAUUUUUGUUCCUUCGCAGUCAACAUACAUUUUUACGGGAUUUUUUCGGGGUUUUGGUUUUUUUUGCAACCACCACAAAUUUUAUGGUGAUGAGAGCGGAAAUGCCUAUCGUAUUUAUAAUUACAAGGGUGUCAUGCUUUUAGCCUGACCGAUUAUGGUUACUGGACGAUACUUCAAUUUACAAGGGCCUAUAAAUAUAUUUUUUUCGAAAAAAUACGAAGAGAAAAUUACAAAAGCGGCCAAAACACUAUUGCUGACACAGUGGCCUAACCGUCGGUAAGGCUAGGACAUAAGAAAUUUUUGAUUUUGAGAUUUUUGUUUGUAAAUGGCCACGACGAUCAUACAAAUGUAUUUUCAAAGCUUUUUUGCUCCAGUUUUCCCAUUAACCUAGUUUUAUUUACAAUUUUUUGUAAAUGGCAGUAAUGCGACAUUAUAAUGUCUAAUAACUCAUAACCAAGGAUUGAUAAAGCGGUGAAACGACCGUGACAGACGUUUCGGGAUACUAGUAAGAAAAUGGAGACAAUUUCAAGCCGCCAGGAUUACUGUAAUAUGAGAAACCGGCGUUUUGGCCGCAUAUAACCCUUGUCAUAAAACGGCCAUAACUUUGCCCAAACAUAUAUUGGGCAGCUAAUUUUUCCUGUGUUGUACACUAUUUUUAAUGCUCUUUCAAACGGUAUAUGUUUUGUUAAGAAAGCAGGGUGCAACUAUUUGCCGAUCCCUUGUUAGAAAAUUUUUGGAUUACCGGCAAGAAAAAAGUCUACAAAUUCGCGGAAAAAAUUUAAAACAUUAAAGUUUACGUCCGUACCAAGUGCGUUAAACCCAUAUUUCAAUCAAGCGGGGUACCAAUUUGGGCGAAUGAGAACAAAAGCUGUUUUCUCGGGCACUUUAAGCCUGGAAAGUUUCUAUGCUUCUUCGGGGUGGAUGUCGUCAUGCAUGUAGACAGUUUCGCCCAUUUUGAAAAAUUUCGAAUAAUUAAGCCUAUCGCCUAAGAACACAAAAGCAGCGCCUUGAAGAAUAAUUUUGACUAUUCCGUUGAUUGCCAUAAUUUUUUUCUGGUGCUUAUAAGAAUUUUAUGCAGUCAAAGGCGCGAACAUUUUCCAAUUCCGAGAAACUCAACUGGAAUUCAUUCCAAAAUUUUCUAAGUUUCACCGAUUUCGGGUUCCAAAAUUUGGAAUGAAAAUGUAAAAGGUCAGUACGGGUGCCUCCGUGAAGUUAGACGGGCCGUAUUUGGUGGACAAGAAAUGGGGUGUCUCAGCUUCAAUUUGAUAUAAAUUUUAUAGAAAUUGGUGCAUUAUUGGCGGAGAAAUACCUGAAAAGAGGUUGGGAGUUUCGAGUGGCCCACCCUGUACUUUUGAUUAUUACUCUGAUCUUCAGUGACAUAGAUUCAGUGGCACAAGAGCAAUUGGAAAAGUUUCGAUGGCCAAAGAGGUAUAGUUAUGAAUGCGGUCACAGGUACCACAGAAAUAGAAACGUCACGGCAGAUGUUGUUCCAUACACACGAGUGUGCACACAGAGAUCUCCUUUGAUUUACGAUCGAUAUCAAAAUUACUCGAAGAAAUUAUUCACUCCCCCAUUGGAAUACUAUGAUCUCCUGAAGCAUUAUUUGAGGAAUGGAGAAGUCAGGGAUCUGAUCUUACGGAACUUCUCAUUGACGGAGUUCUUUGUCGAACAGUGGCUCAAUUACUUUGGCGAAUAUAUGAAGGUGGAUACCUUGAUAUUACACAAUGUCAGUCUGAAACAUAUUAGUUCCACGACCUUCCAUCGGUUUUGUGGUACAGUCAUUGUGGCCAGACACUAUCAUCUGGAGCAUCUGAGAAACGCUCUACCUCAACAUGUGUCCAAAGAUUUGGUGAUGACACCUGGCAUUGUUCAGUAAGUCUUAGAUGAACCCCUUCUUUGGUCAGAAAAUCGUAUCUCACAUAUCUACCGUAUUUUUAGUUGCGAUUCCCUUGUUAUUGGAAGUAUCAAAGGACGUCAUCCCCGUCGCCUUCUUCCCUUAGAUAAUUUCGUUUCUCAUUUGAAUGGGGAAGCUCUAUUGGAGAUGGCUAAAUGGAGGAUCAAGAACAAAGUGGGCAGUGGAAUUUCCUUGAAAACAUCAUGUGGAAUUCGAGAAGCUCAAGCCAUCGUAAUGGAGUAUAAACUCGUGAGAAUUUCAAAUUUUAUAAUUGAUUUCAUAUGUUUAGCUGUAUACUCAAUGUACAUUCGAAGAACGGGCCUCAUUGUUCAAGUUAUUUCAUAUCGAAGAUGCCAGUUUCACUACACCUGAUAUAGCUGAAAUGGAUUAA